CCUUUCUCAGCCGGACGGAGAAGUGGGCCGGGACCAGCCGGGCCAGACCAGACUGGACCCCAGGGGCGAUGCGGCUGCUGCCCCUGCUGCGGACUGUGCUCUGGGCCGCGCUGCUCGGCUCGCGCCUGCGGGGGUGCUCCAGCCUCCGCCACCCUAUCUACUGGAACUCCACUAACCCCAGGUUGCUUCGAGGAGAUGCCGUGGUGGAGCUGGGCCUCAACGAUUACCUAGACAUCAUCUGCCCACAUUAUGAAAGCCCAGGGCCCCCAGAGGGCCCGGAAACCUUUGCAUUGUACAUGGUGGACUGGUCAGGCUAUGAGGCCUGCACAGCAGAGGGGGCAAACGCCUUCCUGCGCUGGAAAUGCUCGCUACCUUUUGCUCCUUUCGUCCCUGUUCGCUUCUCAGAAAAGAUCCAGCGCUUCACACCCUUCUCGCUGGGCUUUGAGUUCUUGCCCGGAGAGACUUACUACUACAUCUCGGUGCCAACUCCGGAGAGUCCUGGCCGGUGCCUGAGACUCCAGGUGUCUGUCUGCUGCAAAGAGAGCAGGUCGGAGUCAGCUCAUCCUGUUGGGAGCCCUGGAGACAGUGGCACAUCUGGGUGGCGGGGAGGACACACGCCUAGCCCCCUGUCUCUGCUGCUGCUGCUGCUGCUCCCAAUACUCCGUCUCCUGCGAGUUCUGUGAGCCAAGUGCACCUUCGCAGUCACCCCAAGGAACCAGAGCCCUUCCCAAGAUUCUUUGUUGAAGGGGUUCCUGCCACCGAACAGGCAAUGCCAAGCCAGGCAGACAUGAUGAAGCUUUGAUGUGCAAAGUCAGAAGAUCUGAGGUGACCCUUGUAGGUGACUGCCCCCCUUGCCACAGGCUGAAGAGGAACUGCAGGGGAGCUGCAGACAGUCCAGGGCACCCAGGAGCAUAGCUGCUUUGAUGGUCUUGUCUCCUCCCCCUGGAGGACUGGGAUUUCAGGGGAUCAAAUCCUUGAGACAUUGGGGACCAAAGCCAAAGACCUGGGAACAGGUGGGUUCCUGGCCAAGAGCAAAGGAGAAGCCAUGGCAUCUGUGCCCGCUAGGCCUCUUCCCAGGAGCAAUUGUUGCCCCUUCCAGGGGGCCACUCACUUGUCUUCUGUGAAGACGGACUUGCCAUGAGGUUGAAUUUCAUGCUGGUUUGUAUUUUUUAUAAAGUGUUUGGACCAAACCUUUAAUAAAUCACCCGUUCUAGUGGGGCAUGGUGGCUCACACCUGUAAUCCCAGCACUGGGGGGGUGGGGAAUUUGGGUGGGGACAGUGAGCAGGAAGUCAGUCUGGGUAUAGGAGACCCUGUCUCAAAAAAAAAAAAAAAAAAUUUAAUAAAACAAAACAACCUUGGAGACCAGCGAGAAGGCUCAGCAGGUAAAAGUGCCUACCAUGAAGCCUUGACCACCUGAGGUCAAUACCUGGAACCCACAUGGUGAAACUGGAGAACACAUUCCUAAAAGUUGUCCUUGGAACAUGCUACAUGACAUGUCAAUGAAUAUGCCACACACAUGCACACACACAAAUAAUAAACUUAGGUUAAAAAACCA